AUCCAUCAUUUCGGGUAAGAAGAUGAGUGCGGGACAAAAGCUAGAAGAAAGGGUCGAUGAGUCAAAUUAGCCUCUCAUGGGCGCCGUGACAAUGCUGCCAAAAGCGUGGACUUCCCUCCUCUCCUCCUCCCUACCCAAUCCCAUUCCCAAUCCCAGUCCCAAUCCCAAUCCCAAUCCCCAUGGGUGUCCUCUCCCGCACCUCCCCCCGCUCUCCCUCCUCCCCCUACCUCCUCGCUUCCCUCGCUGUCAUCGCCGCCUUCUCUCUCUCCGCCGUCCUCCUCUUCAAGGUGGACGACUUCGCCUCCCAGACGAGAACGGUCGCCGGUGAUAACCUCCAGCCCACCCCAUGGCACCUGUUCCCUCCCAAGGAGCUCAACGGCGAAUCCAGAUACGGCCGCACCUCCAAAAUCAUACAGUGCUCUUACCUCACCUGCCCCUACAUCACCGACGACGACGUCCCGAGGCCAGACCCGUCCCGGCGGGCCAGGAACUGCCCGGACUUCUUCAGAUGGAUCCACCGCGACCUGGAGCCGUGGUCUCGGACGCGGAUCUCGACGACCCACUUGGCGGAAGCCCGGCAAUUCGCGGCGUUUAGGGUCGUCAUCGUUGGGGGAAGGCUUUAUGUGGAUUUGUAUUACGCGUGCGUGCAGAGCCGAGCAAUGUUUACUGUGUGGGGGCUCUUGCAGCUUCUCAGGAGGUAUCCUGGGAUGGUUCCCGAUGUAGAUAUGAUGUUUGAUUGUAUGGACAAGCCCAUGGUUAAUCGGACGGAGCACGAGUCGUUGCCUCUGCCGCUGUUCCGGUACUGCACCACCCAGGAUCACUUCGACAUUCCAUUUCCGGAUUGGUCCUUCUGGGGCUGGCCAGAGACAAAUUUAAGACCCUGGGAUGAGGAGUUCAGGGACAUUAAACGAGGUUCUCAAACUCAAAGUUGGACUAAGAAGAAGCCUCGUGCAUACUGGAAAGGAAAUCCUGAUGUUCAAUCUCCUGUUCGUGCAGAAUUAUUGCAGUGUAAUGACUCAACACUCUGGGGUGCAGAAAUUAUGCGCCAGGAUUGGGCUAAAGAAGCCCAAGGUGGGUAUGAGCAGUCCAAGCUAUCAAAUCAGUGUAAGCAUCGGUAUAAGAUCUAUGCUGAGGGCUAUGCUUGGUCUGUGAGCUUGAAAUAUAUUCUAUCAUGUGGUUCUCUUACACUAAUAAUAUCCCCACAAUAUGAAGAUUUCUUCAGUCGUGGUCUUAUUCCCGUGAAAAAUUAUUGGCCCAUCUCUCCUGCUAAUUUGUGCCCAUCAAUUAAGUAUGCCGUUGACUGGGGUAAUGCAAACCCCUCCAAGGCCAUGGCAAUAGGAAGAGGAGGACAGAAUCUCAUGGAGAGCUUGAACAUGGACCGGGUUUACGAUUAUAUGUAUCAUCUCAUUGUACAGUACUCGAAAUUGCUGGACUUCAAGCCCGUGCCGCCUUCGACUGCGAUGAGAGUAUGCAUGCAUUCACUGCUUUGCUUUGCUGACGAAAAACAGAGAGAGUUCCUAGAAAGGUCCAGUUCCUCCCCAUCAGAAGUCCCUCCAUGCGACCUUCAGCCCGCCGAUUCCGAUUUUAUGAAGAGGUGGAUACAGCAGAAGAGGAAAAUAAUCAAUAAUGUGAGUUCUUUGGAAAAGCAGAUGGCACGGAGACGAUCUAAUUAGGAUGCAUGCUGUUUGGUAUGCAUACAAGUGAUCCUUUUCUUUUUGGCAAUUAUGCAAGCAAGGAGAUAGUUUUAUAGCUGCUGUGUUUGUAGUGUUAUGCCCUUGAAAAUCACUGGUAUAGAAAUUCAUUUUCUUGGAGAAAUAUCAAAUUUAUGAUUGUAUUUGUUCGCGGAGGAA